CUCAUAAUUAAAAUUUGGAAAUUUUAAGUAUAUAGUCUUACUAUGACAACAAAGAGUGACUUUCCGUCCGCAAGACGCAGCAGUGUGACUUUUAACCUUAAAGAUGAAGCCUUUCGGAUCCGGACUCCGAGUGUAGGAAGGAGAGAAAAUCAACAGAUCCGGGUGUCUAGUUCUGGAAAAGUGAAAACGGAAUAUGCCCAGUCCGAUACAAGCAGCAUAGUCUCAAACUCACUUCCGAAAAAGUUCCACAAGCUUAAAGGACCAAAUCGGUUGCAGCAAAAUUUAGAUAGGAUCAAAAGCCCAAGUGUGUGUGUGCGACCUCAACAAAAUGUUAAUUAUGAAAAUACGUACAGACUAUCUCCGGAUAAAAACACUGUUUUUGAUGAAAUCAAAAUUUCGACAAUUAUUGAACGCAUUCUGUCAGAUAACCUUAAGGGCGAAUCAUACGACCACGACAACUGUUUGAACUUGUGCAUCCGUCUUGCUGAAUUGAUUAAAGAUGAAGUCAAAGCAACUGGGAUUACUAGAUACAAACUGAUUACACAUGUCGUUAUUUUUGAGGACAAGCGACAGGGUUUUCAAUAUGGCAGUCGAUGUCUCUGGGACCCUAACUUUGACAAUUUUGCCACGGCAUCCUACUCAGGCCCUGAAUAUAGGGCUGUGGGGGCAUGUUUUGCUACUUACUAUGACUAA